GGAGGGAAACUGAGAUCGUUAGAAGAGAGAGGGCUUAUCGCGAAAAAUCGAUUACAGAGACGACAAUGGAGGGAGAACCGACUCGAAUAAUGCUUGCUGUGAAUCAGUCAACCAUCAAGGGUUAUCCACACGCUUCCAUAAGCAGCAGUAGGGCCUUCGAAUGGACUCUCCAGAAGAUCGUCCGUUCCAACACCUCCGGUUUCAAGUUUCUCUUCCUUCAUGUUCAAGUGCCCGACGAAGACGGUUUUGACGAUGUAGAUAGUAUCUUUGCGUCACCUGAUGAUUUUAAGGACCUGAAGCAAAGGGACAAUGCACGAGGGCUUCAACUACUGGAGUUCUUUGUCAAUAGAUGUCAUGAAAUUGGGGUUGCUUGUGAAGCUUGGCUUAAGAAGGGCGAUCCCACUGAAGUAAUUUGCCUCGAGGUGAAACGCGUGCAGCCUGAUUUUCUAGUUGUGGGAAGCAGGGGCAUUGGCCGGUUCAAAAGGGUCUUUGUAGGCACUGUAAGUGAAUUCUGUGCAAAACAUGCCGAGUGCCCUGUAAUUACAGUCAAACGCACGGUGGACGAGACACCUGAAGAUCACGUCGACGACUGACUUUCCAGCCGUUAUAACUUGUAGCUGUGCCAUUUUGAUUUCAUUUUAUCUUGUUGAUAAAUAAGAAACUAUUGGUGAGCGUGGUCGUGUGUAUUUAGUGUGCAAAAGUUGCCAAUUCGCCAUUGAUUUGCAUUUGUGUUGUUGGUUCAUUGUUUGUUCAAUUGAUUGAUGAACAAUUGGGAAUUGGUAACAGACUUUUCAUGUGAGAUAUAGCUAAAACCACUCUCUCUAGAAAAAAAAAGGUCUUUUGUAUGAAAUUUCAAGACAAGUUUAUGUA